UAUUCCUGUGAUAUUUAUGACACGCUAAGCAAAGCCAAUCAAGAUGGAUUUUGGCUAUCUUCUGGAGAUUGCAAAGCAAAAUGAGGAUGCCUCAAGGGAUUUGGCUAAACAAAAGCGAUUUUCAACUGAACUUUCUAAACCAAAAAAGCUUGAGAAGUCAAAAGUCAAGUCUGGCAAUAUCCAGAGAUUCCUCGCCCAAAGGGAGGCUGAAGAGAAGAAGAAGCAGGAGGAAGAGAGGAAGAAGAAAGAGACACUGCUGCACCUGCGCAGCGAGCAGAAGGGCGCCAAACGGCGGGUGAGCGCCAUGCUAAACCGCACCAAAGGCGCCAACCGCUCCGUACUGGAGGACGCUAAGGACAAGUACAACACGGCUGCCACCAUCGACGGUGCUUACCAGCCAGACGAGGAUGACUAUGGAUACGAGUCUAAGACGGCCACGGACAUGUACAGCAAGCUGCUGCAGCAGUACGAGAAGAUGCCUGACAAGGAGUACCUCAAACAGAAGAAGAAGACGAAGGCAAACGCGGAGCGCAGUCUCGACCUGGCCGCCACCAAGGCGCGCGUGAAGCAGUCCCUGGAUAACCAGGAGGAGGAAGAGCGUAACAUGAAGGGCCACCGGCGGCGGCGGAAGCACGGCGAGUCCUCGACAGCAACAGAGACAGCCGCGCGGACCGCCUCGCCCACCGCCGGCCGCGCCGCCGACGACAGCGGGGGCGGAGGAAAGAAGAAGAAGGCGCCUCCGGUGCGUCGCGGAGGCGCCCCUCCGCCGCCCGGUCUCGACUUCCACUCGAUCCUGGCGCUGGCGGCCGAGAAGCAACAUCAGCCGAUCGUGGUACCGGAGAAGCCGGCUGCUGACCCGGAGCAGCGGCCCCUUACCGCCCGCGAGAAGGCCGACCUGGAGGCCAGCCGGCAGCGCGAGCUGCGCAAACAGGGCAAACUGCCGCCGGCCAAACACAAGGACUACAACGACCUCCUGCCGCCGGAGAAGCCCCGCCGCGGUUCAAAGAUACCCAAGAAGGAGGUGAAGUCUGAGGCGGUGGUGAGGGAGGAACCGGAACCGGAGCCGCGGCCCGGUCCGUCCGGCGCGCGGCCCGCCGAGAAACCCCGGCACAAGGACAGCCCGUCCCGACCGCCGGCGGCUGACGUACAGCGCAAACCGGCGCCGGAGGUGCGCCGGAGAGCGGCCUCACCACCGGACCCGCGGCGGCCCGGCCUGGCGCCGCCGUCCACCUCCAAACGGAAAUCGUCCCCGCCGCCGCCGCCGUCAGCCAAAAAACACGCGCCGGAGGCCAAAAAGAAACCAGCGAUGGACGUGAAACCGAAGCAGUUCCCUCCUGCUGAUCUCAAACCGAAGCAGUUCCCUCCUGCUGACAUGAAGAGGAAGCAGUUCCCGCCGGCGGAUGUAAAGCGGAAGCAGUUCCCGCCGGCCGACCUGCAGCCGAAGCAGUUCCCGCCGGCGGACAUGAAGAAGCGUCGUUUCAACCCGGCCAACCUCAGCCGACAGCCGGCCAGACACAACCGUAUCGAGUCGGACGACUCGGAGUACGACUCCGAGAUGGACGACUUUAUCGACGACGGUCCGCAAGGAGACGAGAACGAUUAUUCGUCGGCCAUCAAACAGAUCUUCGGCUACGACAAGAGCAAGUACCGGGAUAUUGACGAGGACGACUCAGAUAUGGAGGCCGACUUCAGCACUCUGAUGAGCGAGGAGGCCCGCUCGGCCCGUCUGGCCGCGGAGGAGGACGAGCAAGAGUUCCGAAAGGAAAUGGAACACAAAAAGCGCAAAAUGGCCAUGAAGAAACGUGCCAUGAUGGGACGCUAGUCGGUCGGUAGCUGGAAGCGACCCAGGUCGCUGGUUGGUCAUGAAGGGGCUUCCAGAGUAUGCUGUUGAGUGGGUUUGCUGGGAAUGGUAGCCCUCCGUCCAGUUUGGAGGGUGAGCGAGGAGCAUGGAGAGGAAAGGAAAGGGUCCAACCCAGCGCCCGGCGGAUGGAUGGCGGAGACGAGUCCCUGGAUGGAUGUCAGCGCACCUUCCGCAUCCGAUUCCGUACAAACUGACUGGUACGAGCACCAGUGGAGCUGUGGCGUCCGGAGUCAGUGAUUGUCUUGAGGGUGUAAAGAAAGUAUAUGAAGACAGCGAUAUGAAAACAAGAGACCAUUUGCUAUUGAAAGCUUUCACGUACCGAUACUUACAGAUGAACCUGAGUACGAGUUGGCGCUAGGCUGACUGAUUAACUUAAGUAGGCACCUCAGUUUGUUUGCUUAUGAUUGUUUACUAACCCGCAUGAAGUUAUGGUGUGGUUUUGUGCGUGAAUUGACACUGCGCGGGAUGGAGUUUUGAUUAGUCCUCUUUCUGAUGCAAGGGCGCGUGUUUCACGUAUGCCUAACGAAAACGCUAUCCCGUUGUGAUGCAUGCAGAUGCUACAGAGAAUCUAAUGCCAGCCCUUUGCUUUGGGUUGGUAAGGUAAGGCGCAGGCCAUCCUAACCCGAAACCCAUCGCGAUGAGUUUCACUUAUUUAUUUUACGUGUUCAGUGUUGAUGACUGCAGCGCAGUUGUCCCAAGAUAUGACGUCUUCCAAGACAGUUAGUGUUUUGUAUAUUUUUGUACCGCCGU